AUCUCAGCAUACUGUUGUUAUCUCUAAGAGAAACCGCGAGUGUCGUGUGUAAAAAGCAGCUGCUAUGUUCUUAUCGUUGUACCAAAUUUUUAGCAUCAGUGUCAUUUAGUUUACAAAAAGCUGUAAAAGCUUGUGAUACUUAUUUAGAAUGUCAAAAUGCUUCAUUUAUUAGUGUGUGAACAAAAUUGAAAAUAAAAACAGCAACAAUAAUAAUAACAAUAAAAUUUGAAAAACAACGAGUAAAAUAAAUAAAAACGCUCAUCAGGGGAUGCCUAGCCUACAUUCGCUCGUCGUACGACGAGCUCCUCUCAUGGAUAUGGGUACUGCCACAAGUUCAGUCACGUCUGUUAAUCCAGCUGUUAAAAAUGGUACAAUUCAUAAGAAAAUGGACAAAAACAAUAAACUGACUUCUAUUAAACUACCACCAUUGGUUAAAAAAGAAUCUAGUGUUAAUAAUUUGUCUGUAACUGAGAGAACACUUCCUGGAAAGGGUGUUGAUACUCCUCUUUUAGGUCGCCCUGAAAGUAGUGCAAGUUUAGAAGCCAAGGGUAACAGUUGGGCUAAUCUAGCUCCAGGAACUAAUUUAAGAAAAUGCGAAACUGCUGUAGGACUUAGUACUCUUUACUUGGAAAACAGACCUAUCAACAAGAGCCGUGUUUGCUCCAGAUGUUCUAGUUUACUUUCCCUGGCAUCAAGCUCACGAUAUAGUCUUGCUGCUGGCAACUUUGUCCCUGCUGCAACUUCUCAGCAAACAGCCAAUCAGUUUUUCUGUAAGCUUUGCCUUGUUGAUGUUUCACUAUCUAAGAUAUUCAGGAUUGAAGGUUGUGGAUGUUUUUAUUGUAAAGAUUGUAUGAAAGAUUAUGUUGAAUUUGAAAUUGAAGAGGGAGCUUAUGAAAUUAGUUGUCCCGAUGCACAGUGUGAUUGUGAUUCUAUUCUUACUUUAAAGGAGAUUUCUACACUUGUUUCUCCAGAGUUGAUGGAAAAACAUCAUAAAUUCCGUCUCAAUAGAGAUGUAUCAAUGGAUAAAGAUCGCGCAUGGUGUCCACGUGCUGGGUGUGAAACUAUUUGUUCUGUAAAUAAUAGUGGCAGUGGUGGAAUAUCUCCAGGUCCUGUACACUGCCCUAAUUGUUCUACAGAUUUUUGUUCAAUAUGCAGAGAAUCUUGGCACAAUGGACCAUGCCCAAAUCUUCCACUUGGUAUUCCAUUUGACAAUGAUCACAUUAAAUGUUGUCCAAUGUGUUCCGUCCCAAUUGAAAAAGAUGAGGGAUGCGCACAGAUGAUGUGUAAAAGAUGUAAACAUGUUUUUUGUUGGUAUUGCUUAGCAUCACUGGACGAUGAUUUUUUAUUGAGACAUUAUGAUAAAGGACCAUGUAAAAAUAAAUUAGGACAUUCACGAGCCUCUGUGAUUUGGCAUCGAACUCAAGUUAUUGGUAUAUUUGCGGGAUUCGGCCUUCUACUUCUUGUAGCGUCUCCGCUAUUGUUAUUAGCCGCUCCAUGCAUUGUUUGUUGUAAAUGUCGUGUAUGCGGCUCUUCUCGACUUGAUCAAGACGGUGGUAAUCAUGAAGAUGCCUCUACGUAAAAAACUUUUCAUAGGAUAGAAUUAUAAAAAUAAAUUUAAUAAUCGAGUUUUAAAAGUUGUGUAUCAUUAUAUUUGAUACAAACUAAUUAUAUCAAUGCAAUCAGAAUUUUUAUUUAGUCAAAAAAUUGAGUGAGGAAAAUAUUAUUUACAAAUAUUCUUAUAGAAACUAUAUAUACAUGCAUAUAUGUAUAUAUUUUCAUAUUUAUCUCAAGGUGAAGUUCGACUUGCCAUAAGCCCGUAUUAUAUUCUUUGGUGUUCUUCUUUGUUAUAAAUAUAUAUUUUUUUUUUUAAUUUUUUAAUUUUUUAUUUGGUAUCAUUGAUUAAAUGACUUUAAUCUUUAAAUUUUGUGUAUAGAAUUUCUUUCGAGAAUGAUUAUUAAAUCAGAGAGAAAAAAUUUAAUAUUAAUUUAAUAUAUAAAGUAAUCUAUUCAAUUUCACUGAUUCAAAAAGUGCAUUUCUUUAAACGUUAUUUUAAACGAAAAAAAAUGUUGUUCUUUAGUACAACAAAAAAUAGCCAUUUAUUUUAGUCAAUGUAAUAUUGAUAGAUUGUAUUCGUCAAUAUUUUGCUGUUUUUUUCAUCGAGUUUUAUAGUUUAAAAUAAUUAUUUCCUAUGUAUAUAUAGCACCUUUGAAGCUGACAUUUGAAGAUACGGGAUUGGGGUACUUCAAAAUAAUAAUAAAUAAGAUUUAUUACUAAUGCAUUUUUUUUUUUUU